UGGUUGUCAUUUCUUUCUGCAAUGGGCGACUCGUUUGUCAUAGCAAUUGACUUUGGCACUGCAUUUAGUGGUUAUGCCUUUAAUAUCACAAAAGGACAGGAAAAAAGUCAGCCAUACUUGCCAAGUUGGGGAAAGGAGUAUGGAUUUGACUCCCCAAAGACUCCAACCUGCAUUUUGUUUAAUGAAGAUGAAACAUAUCUGAGUUUUGGCUAUGAAGCCAAAAUGACAUACAAGGAAAUGAGUGGAGAAGAAGCAAAGAAACAUUAUUACUUUGAAGACUUCAAGAUGGCCCUCUAUAGCAAAAAACUCAGCAGAAAUCUGAACAUUAAAGCAGCCAAUGGAAAAUCUAUGAAGGCAUUGAAGGUUUUCUCAGAAUCCCUGAGAUUUCUUAAAGAAGAUGCACUAAGAACAAUCAGCCGAAACACAGAAGGGAAAAUCUUCUUGCCCUCUGACUUCACCUGGGUCCUGACUGUUCCUGCCAUCUGGGAUCUUUCAGCUAAACAGUUUAUGAGAGAAGCUGCAAUGCAGGCAGGUAUUAUUACAGAAGAUGAGGAAAAACUGGUGAUUGCACUGGAACCAGAAGCUGCUUCAAUCUGGUGUAAGAAGCUUCCAUCUGAUGGCUUCAUCUCUGAGAAGCACAACGCAGAGUCACUGGAUCAGUUUCCAGGGACUCAGUACAUCGUUGUCGACUGUGGAGGAGGAACUAUUGACAUCACUGUUCACGAGGUCCUGGGUGGAGGAGGCCUGAAGGAGCGACACAAGGUCUCUGGAAAUGAUCUGGGAGGUCAAACUGUGGACAGAGAAUUUAAGCAGUUUCUCAGACAGAUAUUCCCUGAAGGAGUCUGGGAUGAAUACGAACAAAACUCUCCCAGUGCAGCUCAAAAAAUUAUGCACGAGUUUACCCAUCUCAAACAGGUUGAUAAAGAUGUUCAGAUUAGCUGCCCAUUUGCACUGGGAAAGUUGGCUAAAGAAAAAUCAGACACAGAAAACUUUGAUCAGUCAGAUCUUGGUGCUUCAUGGGAUGGUGAUUUCAUAAAAAUCUCAAAAGACAAAAUGAGGUCUUUCUAUGAUGAAAGUCUGCAGGGCAUCACUGAGAAUCUCAUAAAAAUCUUUACCAGUGGUCUCACCAUCAAGUACAUUCUGUUAGUGGGYGGWUACGCUCAGAGUAAMAUACUGCAGCAGCACAUYACUGACCAGUUUGGACAWCAGUGUAAAGUUCUGUGUCCUUUCAGAGCUCAGGAGGCGAUUCUGAGAGGAGCUGUAGAGUUUGGUAGAAACCCAGAUGUUGUGGYUUCUCGGAAAAGUUCCUAUACUUAUGGAUUUGCUGUUUGUGAGAAGUUUGAUGAGAGCAAACAUAAGGAAGAAAAGAAAUUUACAUCCCAGACUGGGGAAUUGAGUCGAGAUAUUUUCAGGAAACUGGUGGAAGAAGGUGAAGAUCUUGGUUCAGAGGAUACCAAGGAGUUCUUAUGUUCUCCAGCAAGAGCAGACCAGGUAGAGAUUAAACUGAGAUUUUUCCGCUCACUAAGAAAAGAUCCAGUGUAUGUAGAUGACUGGGGAGUGCAAGAUGUUGGUUCAUUCAUUGUAGACAUGACUGGAGGCAGUAAAGUCAAACUGGAAAUUAACUUUGGCUCAACAGAGAUAACAGCUACAGGGACAAACCAGAUUAGUGGUGAGAAACAAACAGUAAAAAUUGACUUCAUGACCACAGACAGGGAAUGUGUCAUUGAUGAUGAUGAAGAAGAUGCUGUCAGUAUUGGAACAGAGCAAUCAGGUCCUUCAGAGGACACUGAUUAA